ACCUUUGAGUGGGACAGUCAACACAUUUUCUCUGACAUUCUUUCUAUGAGGCAGUGCAGUGAUAGUUGAAGUUGCUUUCAAGAAGUCAUCUCAAAGGUGGUCUGAUAGUGUCCAGUACCUCAUCUUUUCUUAGCACAGAAGAGAGAUCACUUUGAAUUUUUUAAAUUUCUGUGUUGGGAAAAAUGGCAACUUAUUUUGGAUUUACCUCAGUAGUGUUUUUCAUCUGGGUUAUGACAUCCAUGGCUCAAAAUUACUUUAUAACAGGUUCGAUUCUUUCACCUUGCAGGAUAAAAGGUGUAGGAAUUUAUCUUGAGGAGAAAGUGAAUUUUUCAGAAGCAAGUAAUGCAUGUAAUCAACUGAAUCUACAACUGGCAAGUAAAGAUCAAGUUGAAAACGCUUUGAAACAUGGCUUUGAAACAUGCAGCUACGGAUGGGUGAAAGAUGGAUUUGUUGUUAUUCCUCGGAAAAUAUCCAACAAGAAAUGUGGAAGGGGCAACGUUGGAGUAGUGCAAUGGUAUGCUGAAUCCUUUAAAACGUUUAAGGUUUACUGCUUCAAUUCCUCAGAUGUUCAGAUUAAUUCAUGUAUACCAGAUCCAGCUACAACUAUACAACCUUCAUCAACUGCACCAACAGACUUCACUACUUAUUCAGACUCUGAUUUGACUGAGAACAUCACAGCAGUUCCCAAUGUGACUGAGUCAGAAAAAUCCCUGAAAAAUAUAAAAUUUCGUGUAAUAUGUAUAACUGAAACUAUACCACCAACAGAGGCAGCUACUACAAAAAUGCCAGAAGAAUACUCACGGAUUGACUCUCCUAACUACACUUCCCAUGCUGCCUUUAAGAAUGAUGCUAUUGCCUUUGGAGGUAUCGCCACUGCACUUCUUGUACUGGCAGUCGUCUUCUUCGUUAUUUCAAUUGUUCUAGCAGCCUGCUAUAUCAAAAAGUACAAGAAAACCUUUCCAUUUUCAAACAAGAAUCAGCAAAAAGAAAUGGUUGAAACUACUGCUCUCAAAGAGGCUAAGUCAAAUGACAAAACACCUGAGAAGGAAACAAAUAAUGGAAAAAAGGUAGAAGAGUCUAAAGCCAAACCUGAGGCCACAGUAAAAUGUCUAGAAGCAGAAGUUUAGGGGGAAGAAUGUAUACUUCGUGAUAGAAAUAUAAAACAAAGCACAAAGAACUUAAUGCUUUUAAACCUGGGUGAUGUUAAAUACUCAUGAAUGUUUUCUCUAUCAUAAUAUUCAAUUUUUUUAAAAAUAAUUACAUAUUUAGCUAAAUAUGCUCUUGAAGAAGAACAUGGUAUCUUAUUUACUUGAAAUGAAUAGAAAAUCCACAUUACAGCUAAGUUUUCAUCAUUAAUAAAAAAGUAAUUAGGAAAAUGCUACUAGUGAUCUGCAGUGUGUUAAUUAUUUGCAUGGAACACAGAUCAGUAUAUAAUGAAAAGUGGGGUUUUAUCUGGCUGCAGAAUGUCUGCUAACUUAAUGUCUAAAAUAACGAUAUGAUACUGUAGCUCUUCAUCAUGUAGAUUAGCUUAUUUCCAUUAGGUAAUUGCACACUGUUUGUUAAAAGUCUGUUUACAAACAGAAUAAAUAAAUCUGUUUACAAGUGAGUAAAAUGAAAGUAGUAACCCACUGUCAUUCAAAUACCCAUAGAAGGGUACAAAGUUGCUGAUGUAUAUACAUGCUAAUUAUAUAUACAACAAUGGAUAACUUUCUUAGCUGUCUUAAUCAUAUCUUAAUGUACUGUUUUAUUUAUUAAAACCUUUAUCAUUC